AUGUGUCACAGCAAUGACAACAACGAAUGGCAGCAACAAAACAAACAUUUAGCUAAUGAUGGAUUGGAUGACAGCGUUGCUCAUCGGGACUGGAGCUGUAAUAAGUGCAUCCGAGCAGAGCUCGACAAGGAAAGGCAUGAGUUGCAGGCCCAAUUGAAGUCUAUUCAACAGUGGCAGCGUAGGCAGCAGCAAAUAGCAGAUGAAAAGGAACUGCAAGAGCCGCGGCAGAAGCCUCCGGGUACGGUGCAACAAAGGCAAACGCAGUUCGAACAAGAGCUAGUGCAGUGGCCGUCUCUUCAACCGUCGAAGGCGCCGUUGAUGGUUUUUCCAGAAUUGGGUCAACCGAAGAUCAAUAUUCAGGAAACACUUAACAAACCUCUAGUACAAUUUACCAGCGAACCGCAGCUAACAUCUACUAAAAAAGCGAAUCAAAAUCCAGAAACAUCGUCAACCAAAAGUUCGAGGCGAUCUUUGCGUUUACGAGAACAUGAAAUGAGAGCUUUAGAAGUACGACAGUCUUUGGAAAAGAAGCAGUUGGAAGAAAGGCUAGAAUUAGAUAAACAACUCCUUGAAGCGGAUGAUUCGGAGUCAGACGACUUGAGUAGCAUUAAUAAGAUCGAAGAGUGGCUUUCUAAAACCGAAAAUUUAGGCGAUUCUGAAAGUAAAGUGAUCCAUGAAACAUUACUUCCGGGGUAUACCGAUAUUUCCCGGCACCGCCUAGAUCUACCAACGCCCUUGGCAUCAACCCCUUUCCCCGGUGGAAAGAAUCAGAAAAGAUAUCAGCAGCCGCAGUAUGAAUUACAUGAAUCACAUCAACAUUUCUCGAUACCACCACAGUACCAGUCUACUAGCCAGCAUCAAGUGCCCCAGUUGCGAUUGAAUCAACCACCAUCGCAUCUUCAAUUGUUACCUUCUCAACGACCAUUUGAAGUUCCAUUGAGUGCUGACCAUUUAACAGCAAGACAAAUCGUGAAAGAUUUACCUCGUUUCGGUGGCGACCCUGAGGAUUGGCCAAGAUUCAUCGCAGCUUAUGAAAGGACUGUUAGAAUGUGUGCAUUUCGUAAUGACGAACUACUUGAACGGUUGGAGAGGAGUCUCUUUGAUAGGGCUUUAAAUACGGUAAAAUGUCUCCUAUUGCAUCCUGAUAACGUACCUGCCAUCAUGAGCCGACUGAAAACACAUUUUGGAAAUCCAGAAUCAAUAGUAGCAACGAUGGUGAAAAGAGUUCGAUUGAUUACACCGCCUAAAGAAGACAAACUAGAAACGAUUAUCGAUUUCGGUUUAGCAGUGCAGAAUCUAUGUGCAACAAUCCAAGCAUGUCAGUUAGAUGAGCGUCUGUACAACGUGACAUUGGUCUCGGAACUUAUUGAUAGUUUGCCGCCAUCUUUACAGAUGCAGUGGGCCCUACACUCCCACGAAACUGCAGGUUCAUCGCUGUUAGACUUCAACAAAUGGCUUGGAAAUCUCGUAGAAGCAUUAACCAAAAUAACAAAGCCUAAGACUUUGACGAAGAAGGCAAAAAGGGAGGAGGCAUUUUUGCACCUUCAUGCUGAAUACACUACUGAAGAGGUAAAUAUAUCUGCUUGGGAUGCCUGCAAUGGAGAAUGCAGUGAAUUAGACAAAUGCCCCAAAUUUCGUAACAUGUCAACACAAUCACGAUGGUCUUUGAUAAACGACAAAAAGAUUUGUAGGAAGUGUCUGACAAAACAUUUCAAGACCUGCGAAAGGAAGGUUGCUUGUAAUGUUAACGGCUGCAACUAUCUGCAUCAUUGGCUACUACAUGAUGAUAGCAAACACAAAUCAGCUAGUAGUUCAAUGCCGAGAGAAACAUGUAACGCACAUCACUAUCCGGUAGGCGGAGUUCUUUUGAAGUACAUUCCAGUAACGUUGAGGGGAAAAGGCAAGUCCAUAGAUACGUAUGCAUUCUUUGAUGGUGGCUCCACCUGUACACUAAUGGAGCACAGUCUGUAUGAAGAUUUACAAUUGGAUGGAGAGACUCACCCACUGUGCAUAAACUGGACGGGCGGACAUGGCCGAUAUGAGGCGGGUUCAAUUCAAUGUUCAGUCGAUAUCAUAGGUAUCCGUUCACCCCAAAAGAUCUUCAAUAUUCCGAAAGUGCACACUGUGCCUAGUCUAGAUCUUCCCCCACAAACUUUGUCUGUAUCAGACAUGAAAAAAUCCUUUCACCACCUUUGCAAUAUUCCAGUAGAUGCGUAUACAAAUGCGAAACCUCGUAUUCUCUUGGGAAUAGACAAUGUCAGACUGGAGCAUCCACUAGAUUCACGAGAAGGAUUAGAACACGAACCAACAGCUGUGUUGACCCGUCUAGGCUGGGUGAUUUAUGGCCCGUGCGCGACGAAAGGCUUUGAUGAAUCAGCAGGAGAUAGAAGGGUUCGCAACUACCACAUCUGUCAAUGUGAUGAACUGCAUUUGGCUGUAAAAAAUUUCUUCUCGUUGGACAGUUUAGGAAUUAAAAGUAACUACAAAGAAACGAUGUCAAAGGACGAUGAACGAGCAUUGAUGCUAUUGCAAUCUAAUACCGUUCGUGCUGGGCGUAGUUACGAAACGUGCUUACUAUGGCGGUACGAUACUGUGAGUCUUCCCGAUAGCAAAAACAUGGCGAAAAAGCGUCACAGCUGUCUAGAAAAACGUUUACUACGCGAACCUGCAACAGCUGCAGCUAUGCAGGAGAAGAUUCUUGAUUACGAAUCAAAGGGGUACAUACGAAAAAUAUCACCAAAGGAAGAAGUCGACUUUGCCGGUCGGACGUGGUACUUACCUAUAUUUCCUGUGUACAAUCCCAACAAGCCAGCGAAAUUGAGAAUCGUGUGGGACGCAGCAGCGAAAGUUGGAGGGGUGUCUUUAAACUCAUUCUUAUUGAAAGGCCCAGACCAAGUCAAGCCUUUGCCUAGCAUACUUCAACGAUUUCGCGAGUAUCGAGUGGCGGUAACAGGGGACGUCAGAGAGAUGUUCCACCAGGUUCGUAUGAAUAAAGAAGAUCAACAUUGUCAGCGUUUCUUGUGGAAUGAUGGAAAACCAGGGAAGGAACCGAUUGUCUACUUAAUGCAGGUUAUGACCUUUGGGGCAAGCUGUUCUCCUAGUAGCGCACAAUACGUCAAAAACCUCAAUGCCAAACGUUUUAUUGAACAGUAUCCAGCAGCAGUGCGAGCUAUAGAGGAGGAUACAUACGUGGAUGACAUGCUCAUCAGCGUUGAAACGGAAGAAGAGGCAGUGGUGUUAUCAAAAGCUGUUCGUUUGAUUCACGCUGAUGGUGGCUUCGAGAUCCGAGGAUGGUUGUCGAACUGCAGUAGCGUCAUGGAUGCUAUGGGAGAACAAAACUGCACUCAGAAAAGUUUGGAUGUGAGUAGCGAACUAGCAACUGAGAAAAUCUUGGGCAUGUGGUGGAAUACCACAAACGACUGUUUUACCUUCAAGGUUCCUAGUCGUUGCAAAGAAGAAUUAUUAUCGGGAGUUGAAAUACCGACAAAAAGAGAAGUUCUUCGAAUACUAAUGUUGAUCUAUGAUCCUCUAGGGUUACUUGCAAAUGUACUUAUGUACCUAAAGGUUCUAUUGCAAGAAAUUUGGCGUUCCGGAAUCAGUUGGGAUAGUCAAAUCACAGCUGCGCAUUUCACAAAAUGGCAAACAUGGCUCAGCGUGCUCAACCAGGACCUGCAUUCUUAUGGCAACAACCACACCUAUGGCCUGAACAACCUGUUGACCAUGGGACCACGAUCAAUGAAAUACAACAUGUAA